AUGGUCGAGGUUGUACGCGAGCGAGAGGUUUGGUCUUCAAAGUGUGAUUUCGUUCUGGCUUUGAUGGGCUGGGCCAUAGGCUUUGGUAACUUAUGGCGGUUUCCCUACCUGUGUUUCAAGAAUGGUGGAGGUAUGUAAGUACACGUAUCCUCUUACGGCUUUGACCAGGCACAGCCACCAACAAGUUUGCAAGAGUUAAACACUCCAGACCAGACACUUAAAUAAAGUCAGUACUGUUGCUACUGCCGGACUGCCACUAGUUCCUGCUAAUACUACAGAAGUUCAUUAAAAAAUCUUAUCUGCCAUUAGUAAGUAGAGUUAUUUACGUACUAAGUGCCUUGAAUGGAAUAACAAUACAGUAAACCUAAUUUUACGACCGAGAAGUGCAAGAAACAAAAAAAGUGACAAGAUCAUCAGAAACACACCUGCAGCUUCUUCCUUGAGCCUUCGGAUAAGGACGAUAAACCGUAGGCCCCGUGUCACAACCCUUGCAUAUAUAAAUCUGUGGGACGUUAAAGAACCCACACACUGUUCGUAAAGAGUAGGGGACGCAGUCCCCGGUGUGGUGGUCUAUCUCUCACGAGGGAAGGGACUGUUACGGGACCGCAGUAAUUCGUCAAGCUGUUGCGGUGACCCUGACAAUCAUUGCCGAAUCUAAUAGAAUAGAAUAAAAUAGAAUAUUUUGAUUUGGAACACAAACCCUCUUGUUUUUUCUAAUUCAACGAAGGUUUUAAAAAAAUCUUGGAUUCCGGGAGCUCAGAAAUAAAAGAUUAACCCCGGCUUUUAAUUGGCAGGUUGCUUUCUCAUUCCCUACUUCAUUUGCCUGGUUGUGGCUGCAGUACCAGUCAACAUAUUGGAAGUUGGAUUGGGCCAGUUUUUGAGCCAAGGAGCAAUUACAGUAUGGGACAUAUGUCCACUCGUUAAAGGUAAAGAUAUCCCCGUUAUAUCGGCCAAUAAUUGAUAAUUAAUUCUUAUCUAGCUGGUCUAAACACUAAAAGCCCAACUUCGAAAUGUGAGCGUCGGCCCUUUUGGGUAACCUUCGCAAAAUAAGGAUUUGUAUUGGAAAAAAACGAUAGAUUCUGUGACUUAAAGAAACGGCUUUCUAUAAUACUUAAGUUAUCUGAGCCCGGUUGUUCAAUCGUUGGAUAGCGGUAUCCACUGGAUAAUAAGUAUUAGGACUAACCAAUUGCGUUAUCUAGUAAAAUAAUAGAGAUUUAUCGAGUGGAGAGCGUUGUCAACCUUUUGAACGACUGGGGCCUGUAUUUUUCAUCAGGUGGUCUUCGAGCCGACUGAUGCCCAUUUUAUGGGUUUUAUUGGAACCGAUUUGUUCUCUCUAUAUGUCCUUUUAUAAAACCAGCAUAUUGGUUCCUGAAUAAAACCGGCCAUAAAAUGGGCGUUAAUCGGGUAGAGGACCACACAAUCCACUUGAGAAAACUCACUUGAUAAGACCACACAAUUUAUUCCCGUCUAGCAUUACCGUUGAUCUGAAUAUGUCCCUUAUUUAUUUACUUAUUUAUUUAUUUAUUUGUUUAUUUUUUUAUUUAUUUAAAGUUAAUUAUAGUAAUUUUUGCAUUAGGUUCGACACCUGUCAGUGAGAAGUUCGACGUUUGGAACGAAAUUGCUCCAUCCACAGUCGAAAUUCCCAUGUGAGCCACUCGAUUUUAAAUCAUGGUUCGACCCAAAUUAGAUAAGUCGGACCUAGCUGAUUCAAACGUCCAUCUCUUCAUGUACUCAUUGGGCCCUUUUUUCACACGGCGGCCAUGUUGUCCCGAGAGACUGAAAAAGCUUUGUUUUACCACCCUUCGGAGCGAGGCUAGGCAGGUAAACCAAAGCUAUUUCAGUCACUCGGGACAAAAUGGCCGCCAUGUGACAAAGGCCCAUUGAAGACAUUCAAUUAGGUUUGGUACAUGAAAGGUUCGACGGUUGAACUUGGCCUAACUUGACUAAUUGAUAUCUUUUAUUAGGUAUUGGUUAUGCAAGUAUAGCAGUCCUUCUCUGGAUCUCUAUAUACUACAAUGUGAUUCUUGCCUGGGUCUUGUUUUACCUGUUUGCCUCGUUCCAAUCACCACUUCCUUGGUCCCACUGCAACAAUGAAUGGAACACUCCCAACUGUGUGGAUUAUGCUGAGAAGAGUGACAAUGAUGGAACGCUGAAUAACACAUUUGCAAAUGCUACCACUCUUUUUAAUCUAACGGCAGCAAAUGUAGCAAAGCGAGUAUCGGCAAGCCAGGAAUACUGGGAGUAAGUAGCAAUUAAAACUUAUUAUUAUUCAUUCAAAAUAUUUCCCCAAUUCUGAUUGGCUAAAAGCACACGCAUAAUUCACCAUAACCAGUUACUGAUGACAAAAUUUGGAAGAAUUUUGUGUUUAACGAGGAAAUGAUGUCAAAAAUGCAGCCUUCUACGGGUUAGUACACCGUUUAACAACAGAGAAGACCUGGUGAUGAGGUUGAGUUGUCUUCGUUGUAAACUAAAAUGGCGGACACUUCACUAGUUUCAAGAGUAAGAACUACAGCUGGAAGUAGGCGAUAUAAUGGCUAGAAACAUAGCAAAAACAGCAAGAAGACAACUCAGAGGGCGACAUCUGCCAUUUGGGGAAUAUUUGCGGAGCUGGACAAACCUAAACGUAAACUAUCGAAGAUAAACUUAUCAUCGAUGCAGGUAAGCUUUUUUAGCUACGUUUUUAAACUAGAAAUUAUUUUGAAUGAAUAAUAAAACAAUUAUUAAAUUCGGCUUUCGUGUCAUAUCAAGAAUUACGAAGAUCUCAGAGGGUGUUACCCGCCUCGACCUACGGCCUCGAUGGAUAACACCCUCCUCGAUCUCCAUGAUUCUUUGUAACAUACCGCUCAGCCUCAUUCAUUAAUUGUUAGGCAUACUAUCGUGCCUCAAAUUAUCAGCUCGUGUACAACUGCCUCCUCCCCUCAGGAAAAAAUCGGGAAUGGGACGUUGCCCACCCCAUAAUAAUUUUGCGAAGGCUGGGUUAAUUAAGCAAUAAUUUCUCAUGUUACAGAAAAACAGGACGUAUUGUGUGUGUCCUGAAUUUUCUUUAGAUAGAGGUGUCGCAAAAGAAAAGGUUCCACUGAAAGCACAAACACUGGUCCUCUGGGUUCACUCGUUUACAUCACCAAUCUCAGUUAAUUUCAGGCCCUCUUCUGCGAUCAAAAUGAUUGAACUUGAUAUUGGCGAGAGAAGGUGGUGUCGUGGAAUUAUAUUCUUGAUAUUUUGGAUGGAAAGUAACGGUUUUUUUACCCCUUUACGGAUGGUUCGGAUGAAUGAAUGAACAAACUAAUUUCAAAAGAUAUUCAAUUCCGGAUAUCCACCGGCAAAAACGUAUGGGUCGGUUAUUUAAACCAAGUUUAGAGCAGCGUUUGUGCAAGUCAUCGUCUAACCCAAGCAAGUCAUCGUUUAAACCAUGGAAACCGAUUAUUCCCACGCUGUUGUUCCGUGACCGUGUCUAAACACCGACUAAGGAACAAUAGAAAGUUAAACAGAACUGAAAAGUGACUACGCCAAUCGACGUACAGUGUUGCCUCGAUUUAACGAGGGGCCAAGGGACUGGCAAAAUGUGUUCUCCAUAUCGAGGUUUCGUUAUAUCGAGGUUCUUUUCCAUAUAUCUAGACUAUGGAUGGAGUCAAGAAAAUCGUUCACCGAGGACAUCGCCAUACUUGUCCAAUACUCCAACAAAUUUAUGCGUGGCUUUAAAUUUGUUACAAUUUCUCAUUGUUUUGCUUUGUUCCUUAUUGUUAUGCUUUUGUUAUUUUUGUUAUUAUGCUUCGUUCUUUAUUGUUGUGCUUUUGUACUGUACUUAGGGCCUGUUUACAUGGAGGUGGGGGACCCCAGGAAGGUUAGGUAAAAUAUGGCGGGUCACCCACCCCUAUCAUGUAAACGUGGUCAAAUUGAAAUGAGAGAUUAUAUGGACAAACGGGUUACCCCACCUAAGCGGGUUACCUCACCUACCUGGGGUCCCCCACCUCCAUGUAAACAGGCCAUUAAUGUGAAGACAAUACAAUACAAUGCCAUCCAUAAAUUUGUCGGAGUAUUGGACAACCCCCGACUUCGUUAUAGAGAUGUUGGUUAUAUCUAGGUUCCACUGUAAUAUACAAAUUCAUGCUCAACAAAUUCCGCACCGGCUUAGGAACAGAUCUUACCCUUUUGAGGAAUAUGAUGACAAAGAUUUUCGAUCGUCAUUUCCCCUUAGAAAAGACCCGGUCACUAACCAAUUGAACAUUUUGGGUAAAGAUCUAUCAAAAUUUUACAAAAGGAGAGGUCUGCUGCUUACACCGUUGCUCAGUGCAAGUUUUUAUUGCUUUGAGGUUUUACACAAAACUGGUACGUGACCUUUCGAGCGGGUUAUUUCCGAUUUAUUUUCAUGUUGGUAGUGUUUCUAUAUGCCCUGCAUGCACUGAGCCAUUUACAAGGUUUCAAGGGCUAUCGCCAAACGAAAAGAAGAUUCCAUGUCAUUCCUUAAGAACUUGACACAUACCAAGAGGAAGUUUCGUUUUGGGAGGCGUUCGAAAAUUACUGUACUCCUGACUAUCCUUCUUUUCUGUCCUUUUUCGUGACAUUUGCUUCUUUCCUGUUCAACAUCACUAAGAGCUUUUCCUCCACUACUUUUUCUUGCUUCACGACUUUGCAAAUCGUCUUCUUUCUUGGACUGGAGUUUCAGCCGCCUCCAGUUUCCCUGGAUCUGAUUCAGUUCCCGUUUGAUACCGUUUGGAUUUUGAGAGUUGAAUUUUAGCAAGGUUUUUUUGUCGUUUCCUUUAUUUUUUGCUUCUGUAAAUUGUCUUCCCAAUGCUGCCAUUAAGUAAUGUUUAAUAAACUCGCGGGUCGGGUUUUAUCGGGGUAUAAAGCCACUCGGCUUCGCCUGCUGGCUUGAUACCCCGAUAAAACCCGACCCGCGAGUUUAUUGAACGACUUCAAAAACAUUCCUGGAAAAGCGUGUCUCAAUGGAGUUGAUAACAAUGACACUUUUGUUAACGUUGGAAAUUAGCAUGCGAAUAAAACAUUACAUAUGAAAUUAUUAUGUAAGAAAUCAAAUCUCGCCUGUGUUCAGAAAUUUUCCAGUCUGCGAAUGACACUAACCGAAGAGGACACAGCGUCUUGUUCCAGAGCUUUUCGGAAGCCUAAAACUGCGAAGAAGAGAGGUACCCCAAAGCCACCUGUUCCACUGAAAAAGUAUUCUUCGAAAAAAUUUUUCUGGAAUGGCGGAAUGGUAGGUAAACAAAAAUCCGAGUACUCGAGCCUUGCGUUUUCACAGCUGGCAAGUCUCAGUUGUGUGCAAUUUUUUUUAAUUAUUUACUCCCUAAAGUCUUUCCUGGGUUCCUGAGUCAUUUCUGAGUCAUUUCUGAGUCAGACAGGAUAUUGGCAAGUGUUCUAUUUGGAAUUUUUUCUUCUUCAGACUUAGAGGCGAUGACUUAAGGAAUAAGCGCAGAGAGCGUAUUAAGUGCCCUCUUUUCCUGAGCAGGUUAUGUCGAGGAAAGACAAUGUCACCGGUGCUUUUCUCGAUUUCUUUGGGACCUAGGUAUUUUCGCAUGUUUUUUACGUAUAUUUCGGUAUAUUUUCUGUCUAGCUGUUUUAAAGGGGGGUGGCUAGCCACCCAAUCCACCCCCCUGGAUCCGCCGCUGUCUUUAUUUAUAAGAGACAAUUGAAUUGAUACAAUGCACAAUGUAUGUAGUGUCAUACAAGAAAACAACAACCUGAGUGUCAGCAAUAUUCAGCGAAGAAUUUUCUAGAGGAGGCUGCUACUGGACAUAAUGGAAAUAAAGUUUAACCAUUUUCUUUCUCAUUUAUUAGCUACAGGGUUUUACGACUUUCUGACGGUUUGGGGGAGCCAGGGGCAGUUAACUGGGACCUUGCUUUGUGCCUACUGUUUUCCUGGGUCCUUUGUUUUGUGUGCAUUGUUAAAGGGGUAAAGAUCAGUGGCAAGGUAUUCAAUGUGCCAUAAGUUUGUAAAAGUGUUUUUUACGCUAUAAUUAAGAGCUGCUAUAGUACUUUAGUACAUAUGUGGGUACAAUACGAGAGAACGAAAGAUAUAUUUUCGAGUUAUCCACAACAUAGGAUUCAAUGUUACUUGACUUGAUGGCUUCUGGAAGAUCAUUCAUGUAGAGGGCAAGGAGCAGGGGACCUAAAAUUGAGCCCUGCGGCACACCAUGGGUUAAUGAUAGGUUUCACUUUGGACUGGGACCUUAAACCUCAUUCUAAUGGAGGUUAUAAAGGGACCAUUAUGGUUGUUUUUUGGGGGGGGGGUGAUAUUGGUAGAGAAAGGUAUACACGCAAACCAGAUAGUCCGCUAAUGAGCUCAGUUUUGAGCAGCCAGUUUUGUUCAAACUAAAAUUUGUCGGGAACAUCUUUGUAUAUAAAGGCAAGGCAAAAAAAGAAAAACUGAUGGAGCCGACAAAUCGUAGUGUUUGCAUAUUGUCUCUCUCUCCAAUAUGUUGUUUGAAUGGUACUUUGGUAUAGCAUUGCAAUCCAUCAGCGACCGCUGUUUACAUGCUUAAAUCUGAUCGAGAAGAUAUUUGGAUAAAUUUACGAUGCUUCUUUUGUUAUUGUAUUUUUCAUUUUGUUACUUAUUAUCAAAUCAUUCGUUUAUCGCUGUUAUCUGUGUGUUAUUUAUCUGCUAUGUUUAAUUCAUUUCAUUUGUUAGAUUGUCUACUUUACUGCCACAGCUCCUUAUGGUCUUCUACUGAUUCUUUUAAUCCGUGGCCUCACUUUGCCGGGAGCUCUGAAGGGGAUAACGUUUUAUGUCACGCCUGACUGGUCGAAACUUUUGGAUGGACAGGUUAUCUUUUAGAAAAUUCCCCUAUUUACUCGAUUAAACGGCCCCCUUUCUUAAACGCUGCAGAUAGAAGCAAUGAGAACAAAAUUACUAAUAAACGGCGUUCUAGAGAAUAAAAGUCGUAUCAGAAACGAUGAAAAUUCAAAAAAACACCGUGGCUUUUGAUUGAGUAAAUACGGUAAAUGCUCAAGUCCAAAAACGAUGUCACGUGGCCGUUGGCCGGCGUCCACUUUUCUCAUUAUUUAUCUUCCAAAUAAAUAAAUCAUCAUCGUUAAUGUUUAUUAACGCACGGAUCGUAUUCUAUUUACCUAGUCUCCCAUAGAAGUCGUGUGAAUUUACACUAGACUACAUAAAUUAUAGAACCUUUUUCUUAUAUAGUUAAUGUUUCUUCAGUAUAUAUAUUUAUACAAUAAUUUUGGGCUCUUCACCUAGAACUGUCGAACCGUUAUAUUUCCAAGAAAAGCUAGUAAAUCCAUGUUCGCAAUAUCUGUUUGCAAUUUUCCCCUCCUUUUCCAGCUGAAUAACCACGCAUCCAUGUAACCAAACCUUUGCCGUAUAAGACUGGAAAUAAGCCGGUCACGGUCUUCACACCUUGCUGUUCAAAUUUUUGAAUGGCUUGGCGUUCGAAUUUUCGUGCGGUUAGCGUGGUUCCGUAUGAACGGAUAAGCUAACCGUGCGAUUUUCGGCCGGUCGAAAAUUCGACAGGUAUCGUAUAAACGUCGCCUAAAUGAGCAGUUGUAUCUCUGGAUCCGAAAACACAUCAAUCUGUUUAGAUCUGUUUCACAGAACAGUUUCCCUGUAAGUUGAUAAAAUAGCUUAAUCGCCAUGGUUAGUUUGGUAUCCAUCCUGUUUUAAUACCGUAGUUCGUUUUGAUUGGUUAAGGAAAAGCUUUCUGUUGUUCAGGAAACAUGAUGAAAGCUCCUGAGAACAGGGGUCUUUUUUGCAUGAGCAUGCGCGACCGCUGAACAAGCGAUGUGCAUGGAGGCUCACCACAGGGUUUGCCUUCAUCAAAAUGGCGCGUCGCAAAGCUAUCAUAGCGAUUAUUUUACUCGUUGGUCUUGGCGAAUGGUCUUAACAAAAGUGAAGUAGAUCGGCUUUAACAUACACGAGCUACUAUCAAAUUUCAUCUUCCCACUUGACUUGGACAACAGCGCGCAUAUAUGUAGUGCCUGGAGAAUUGCGCUGACCUCAUCAAAGUCUAAACAAAGUGCAGAAACGUUUGUUGAUGCAAGUAAACACUUUCAGUUUUCUUUGUUUUGAAAUGGGAAAGGAAGAGAAAUAUUUAAAAAAAACAGCAAAUUUCAGCGAGUGGGUUCCAAGUGCGCCAAAGCCGAUGUUCAGUUCAGCAGUGAAUUAAUAUAUGUUCUACAAUUUUCCCAGCACUUUAAAGCUACAAAAUUAAGAGCACAAGGGACGUAGAUUAGUCACCUGGUGAGAUAUUGGUGGUAGUCACUCUGUAUGUCUCGAACAAUAAAAAAAAUGAAUAUCAAUGAGACACAGUCAAAACUGCAUUCAAUAGGACCGAAAUUAAAGUCCAAUCUUGUGACCGAUUUUGAUGAAACAAACGGUUAGGUUUCCCAAGAAGUACAGUAAACAUGUGAUGCCGACCAAAAGUUACAAAUCAUUAGAACAUUUAAGUUCUGGGUAAAAGCAACUUCCUGUAAAAGAUGCGUUACAAUGUCAGUCCACGCAAAAACAAAAAGUUCUACAAUUUUCUUAUAAACAAACUUUGUAUCGCUAAAAUACUUAAGGCAAAAACUUUCUAUUCCAACUGAAAACGGCAUGGUAGUCGCCCGCUGAUCGUUAUUAAUCCACUCCCGAAAUAUGGCUAAAUCAGCUAUUAACAAAUUAUUGACAGAUAUCCUCUACGGCAUUGAGAAACUGAUUUACAUCCGAUUUAUAGACAAACAUUAAAUAAAGAACAUUUUGCUCAAUAGCUACGCAUCAGCCAUGCAUUGUAUGCCAAACUUUCGGUUCUUAAAGGGGAAUCAAGACACGAGUCGAGCGCCAAACAACAACAAGCAGCCAUGUUCGUGUCAGACAUCCUUGAAAAACUUGCUCUUUCACCUCGUUCAGCGCAUCAGUCUCCACUUUAAAUCAGCAGAUCUUUACUUAUUUUGUACAACGAAGGUCUUUCCUAAGUUCCUGCUACCAUUUCAAUCUCAAGCAAGCUUUCAAAGUGAACAAUUUGGUUCCUAUGACUAUGCAGCACGGUCGCUGUCACUGGUCGCGUGCUCUUUGACAAGUCAGCGGUCGCGCAUGCUCAUGCAAAAAAGACCCCUGUUGCUCCAGAGUAAAAUUUCCCCCUGUAAUCUUGUUAGUGGAUGGUCCAACCUCCCUCGAUGAAAAAAGGAAAUUUUAAACUUUCCGAGAAGUCUUUUUUUGAGAAUGCGCGAAAUCUCGUCCUCCAAGUUGCCCUCAUCCUCGAAUCUAAAGUUCUCUAUUUAUUUGUCCCUUCGGUUUUGACAAGAGAGGAUUCAUGAUUUGUGCUGACACUUCAAUUCCUAACCGAAUCGUUUUGACCGUUUCUUACAGGUUUGGCUUGACGCGGGUACUCAAGUGUUUUACUCAUACGGUGUUGGAAUGAGCACGUUGUUGACACUGGGAAGCUUUAACAAAUACAACAACAACUUUUACAAGUACUGUAUUUGAUUAAAAAAUGUCAGGAGCCUAUCAAUGUCAGCAGUCUAGGUCAUAGGCUCCUGAAAGUGUCUAACGUCAUACUGUGACCACAGGGAGACCCAUUCUCUGUCCGUGUGCCCGUUAUUGUUAUUUGAAAUCAGAGCAUUGAUCUUUUGUACGAAGAAGUACGGAUAAACAUUACGGUGGCUACAAUUUGCUCCAAAACACAUAUUUGAAAGUGCGUUUUUCUAUAAAUUAUAAAAGACCGAUGCACAGACUCCUAUGACAAUGACUGCUACACCGAUAGAGGGUGGUCUGUCUAUGCUUAGACUAAUCAGCCUUACACACCCACAAGUUUAGCCUGUCAACACUUUAUUUCAAAGUUGUGUUAUUUUUUCGAAAAGUCGGGAAGAGGACUUAUCUAGGAAGAUCGAAGGGCCUCUGCUCGCGGGGUAGCACCUAACAGUUAUUGCUAAAAGUAUGCCGCCUCAUUGUUCUUGAUUUUAAUUUUGCAGAGAUUGCAUUUGGCACGCAUUUUACAACAGCGGAACUAGUGUUGUGGGUGGAUUUUUGACUUUCUCUGUGUUGGGUUUCAUGGCAACAAAUCAAGGAGUAGAUGUUAAAGACGUUGUUCAGUCAGGUGAGUGUGUUUCUGCAGCUUUUCCUCAUAAUAUACCUACCAGUUGUUGCAUUAUUGCAAUUUCACCGAUGAACUGCAGAGAUGGCGGCUGUACAAAUGAUAGAGAGAUUAAGGGUCACAUUUUCUCAUUUGCCCUAACUCGGUCACUUUCGAUAAUAUAUGUUGACUAAAUUACGAAAUGUCAAGUUCAUAUAAAAAAUAUGUAGAUUCACAAUGUCUAUCACCUCUGUUUUUUAACACGUCACCAAAUUUUCCUUCACUUGUUGUUUACUGUUCGUUAUAACCACACGAAAAUCAGUAUACUCGCGCCAGUCUUUUUCAUAAGAGACUGCUUUUCAUUGACAACUUCUCAGCCUGAAUCUGACGUUUGUCGUUUGCCGUAAACGUAACUCUAGAUCAGAAAUAAACAGAUCAAAACUUUAUAUUUUUGUUUGGAUGUAAUGAACAGUAAACUUUGAGUAAAAAGAAUACUUGGUCAAGUGGCAGAAAUUAACGUUUGAGAUUUCUCCUAUACGUGAUUUUAAAUGUCUCCAAUAGCACGCUCAGCUAGCGUCAAAAAAUGGAUAAAAGGUCUUUGCCUGUGUUAAAUGUUGCGCUGAUGGAGAGCAAAGCAAGGCAAUCUUUCCAGAAACUAAAGUUAAAAUGCUAGCUACCAUAAAUGAAAAAUUAUUUCGAAGCAUUUUUUUUAAUUAUAAAUUUAUUGUUAAAAGAUUCGCUUCAAAGUUUUUAGAAGUCAGGAGUACCUUGACGGCAGAAAUAAAGAAAAAUCGAUGACUAAGAAAAAUUGUUACCGCAAAUACCCUAACUUAAUUGCUUCCCCAGUAUGUGUUACAAUACAGUGUUUUUAUCCGUCUCCAGGUCCAGGCCUUGUUUUCAUUGUUUAUCCUGAAGCAGUUGCCCAGAUGCCGUUAGCUCCUCUGUGGUCCGUGGUGUUUUUCUUCAUGUUGAUCCUUAUUGGAUUAGACAGUGCGGUAAGGUGAAAGAAACAAAGCCAUUAAUAUAUAUUAUCAUUUCCUAAUUUAACUAAGGCUUAGGGUUGAUUGAAUUAAAGUGCUACUACGAUCAAGAUAGCUACCUACCUGACGUAGAAGUUGACAAGAUUAUGGAUAUCCCCAUAUGAUGAAAGGAAAUGGCUCUUUUUUUUUUCGCACUCGACUUUCGUCCACCACAAAGUUUCCAUCUUUCCCUGCUUGGGUUCCAACACGCAAUUAGAAUUAACGGGAAAAACAAGUGAAGUCAUUUUCUAUCCACACUCCGGUGGCAAGUAUAUUUUAACUCACUUCGAUGCGCUUUUCUCGCAAGCUUACGUAUAAAAUCAAGCGUUCAAUCGAUGGUAGUUACUCGUCCGGGGGUACUCGCGGUGAUGUCCAAGCUGCAACAACCACUCUUAUCAAGUGGCUGGAAUUGCACUGUCUUCAACAAUACCUUUUCCGUAGCUCUAUUAAUUUACAACGAAGGCGACUUAUCCUGCCUAAGGAUAGUUUAUAGCGUGAGCAACGUUUUGGCAGAGAAACUACAAAGGCGUGCGGAGAAUAGGAUGACACGUAAUGUACCUCUCGCGCACAGAAACAAUUUCGCCAGCCGCGCAGGCUUAAGGAGACUCUGCAAGCAGGGUAGCAUGUUACCCCCCAGGACUCAGAUUUACAUUUGUUCUUUAUUCCAGUUUGUUGACGUUGAAAGUGCGAUAACAAGUAUUGUUGACAGGUUCGCACAUAAACUACGUCGUGGCUACCGUAAAGAACUCUUUUCACUCAUUACCUGUUGUUUGAUGUUUCUUGCGGGGCUGUCCAUGGUGACUGAGGUAUGUAACUUUAACUCAUAAAACAAUGUUAUGCCAUUUUCGAUCUCGUCGAUCGUGUUUGAUGGAGCUUAUUGGAGUUCUUCAGCACAGUGAAUUACCCUCUAACGGAUCAGACAAACCAUGCGUGGUGUUCUUUAACAUCCUUCAGUUUACCGUCAGGUAGUCUCCAUCGCAGUCUUUUUUGUCUCGUCACGGCUGUAGGGGAGCCUGCGAACGCAGACGUAUUUUCGGUCGUCGCUUCUCUACACCCGAAAAGCAGGCUGUCAGAAAAACCGAAAAGUAAAAGUCAGUACUUAUGUUUCGGGUGGAGAGGAGCGACAACCACAAAGAAGUGUGCGUUCGCAGGCUACUGCAAGGAAGGUGAUAAGUAAGGAGAGCAGGGACAUCUCUUUCUGGAUUCGCAGAGUCCAAGAUAACAUAUUGUUAGUGUGCUGGAAAACAUUCAUGAGAUCACUAGGAUCGAUUAUUCAAGGAUAAUUAUAGCAAUCAUUGCGACAACUAUGUUUGAGAUUUAACUUAUACUUGAUGCCUGGCCAAGGUGCCAGUGGCUUGCGACCAAGCUCUCUGGGGCGCUCUGGCCGCGGGGCGGGAAAAGGAAGGAGAGCUUGCAACUACAGCUCUCUGGAAUUUGAAUUCCACCCCCAAUUCCCCUGUGGCUCCCCGUCGACUGAGCUGUCAGAUUUUCGCCAAUCAGGGCGAAGCGGAAACGAGCGCGAAUGUUAAUAAACACGUGUUGAGGGUAAUGACGUCAAUGCCAAUUUCAUCUCCGCCAAUCAGCAUUUCGCAUCGACUUUUUCGAUGCAGAUAUUCAAAUUCCAGAAACGUAGUUGCGAACUCUGCUUCCUUUUCCCGCCCUCCGCCGGAGUGACCCGAAGAGCUUGCUCGCAAGCUUAGGUGCCAGGUACUAACCGAUCAUCCACUGCCUGGGUGGGCGCUGAAUUGGUGUGUUCACACGUUUUCUAUCAAUUCUGAGGCAAUACACUGCUUUGCAUACGAUAACCUUCUGCUACCCCAACGUUUCAAAAUUGCGUCUGACAAGGCCAAAUACUGCAAUUCAGUAGAAAGUUACAUCGUGUACCCAAGGUCUGAACCCCAUUUUUAUGAUGUGAAUACCCAGGACCUUAGCACUAGAGCACCAGGUGUGUACAGCCCUAUAGACUGAUUUCCAUAUAAUCAUUGGUUUCGAUCUUGGUUUACUUUUGGUAGUCCUUUAAGUGUAACCAAAACACUUUCUUCUAUCUACCUGGUUACGGAACUGUUGGCUUUUGGAAGUUAGUCUGUCAAUACAAAGUCAUGAUGUUUUUGUUGUAGGGUGGAAUGUACCUUUUUCAGUUGUUUGACGUUUUUUCUGGAAGCGGAUCUGUCCUGUUGUUGGUGGUCCUCGGUGAAUGUUUGGCCAUUGGAUGGUUUUAUGGUAAGAAAAGCAAACAAAUGUUUAAUUGUUCUUACAAGGAACUGAUAACUUCCCACGUGAAUAACUACUCAUAAUAGCUAGCAUACUCGCUGGCACGGGGAGAAGGUUAUGCGUUUCCGGCUAUGGUAAAGAAAAGCGUCCUAAAUUCCAGAACAUUACAUUUUGUUUUGUAUUGUAUUCUUUGAUCGUUUCUUACCUUUUUAGGACUUUUCAUAGAGUUUUUUUCUAAAUGAUUAACGUGAGACAAUGCUUUUCAUUUACGCAAGAACCCAAUUACUUCUCUUCAUGAGGUUUACUUUGUUUUUUGGUGCGACCGAAAGAACUAGUAAUUUCAUCUCAAGGUGAAAGUAGGAGUUACAGUUGACGGAACGAAAAGUACGACGCUUUGGUGGCUGAAGUUCUGAACAGACGAGUGUGCUGGAUAUUGAAGUAAACAAACCCUAACUGGAACACCCAGUUUCGUUGUCCCUGUUGUUUUCGCGCUUGCCUAUCAGCAGCAAAUUUUAGGAAAAUAUGUUUAAUUUGACUCCUUAACAUUGCAUUAAGGAAAAAUUAGAGACUAAAGUAAAGCUAAGGAUCAAAUUCAAGGAGCUGAGAACUCACCAAAGACAAAAAAUUUCGAAGAAAUCACCGCUUAUUUACACAGGUGAUUUGCAACGGUCCUAAGAGAUGUUUUGCUCUUACAUAGAAACCACGCUCUUCUAUAUUUUGGUUCCACUACAUUAAUUUUAAUCAGUACUACUAAGAAGGUUCUACUUAGGAAGGUGGUAAAAAUCAGCUUCUUAUCCUUUGUACUUUGAAUUUUUCUACAUCCCUUUGUUUGAAGUUAAGCAUUUUUUUGGUAGUAUGAGCUAAAUCUCUUUUUUUGCUAUUCUCAACAGGUAGAAAACGUUUCUAUAACAACUUCGCAAGUAUGUUGGGAUUUACUAUCAAUCCCUGGUGUGGCUGGUGCUGGAGGUAUCUCUCGCCAAUAUUUUGUUUGGUCAGUACAACGGCGAUUUUCAUUAGUGCUUGCCUGCGCAAUGUUAGUUGAGGAAACUGGUUAUUGACGCCGGCAAAGAUAAAAGCAGCUGUGCCACAGUUCAUUUAGCAGGGGCACCCAAAGAAGGUUUCCUCCUACAUAUAUUGAAAACCCUCUACAGGCUAUCCAGAGUACUUUAGUGCUCUAGAGAUGCAUUCCAAGUGGCGCAAUAAGAUUUAUAGAUUUAUAGAUGUUCGGUCAUCCUAGGGGAACUUAUUUUGCCGAAAAUUUAGAUGCAAUUACAGAUGCAAUUGCCCCUAAUUUAGGGAGCUCCCCUUUAUUUUUUAUGUUCGCGCAUUGUCCCUGGGUCAGUUAAUGGGACGUUCCUACUGGUCAGUCAGUUUAAAAUGAUAAGAAUGCUAUUAAACGUUGUGCGUGGACAUUUAUUCAAAAAGGUUAACGAAAACAUCAUGAACAGGGAAGUCUAACGGGAUCCAUAACCACUGCACAAUAAUAACUACGGUCUGCAUAUAAACUAGUUUCAUAAUCUUGCACAGAAGCGAGAAUGCGGCUAAACAGCGAGCGUGUAAAUGUGGAGGAUAGUUCUGAACAAAGGAUGGUAGCAUAAUAUAACAUAGCAUAACAUAACAUAACAUAGUGUAACAUAACAUAAUAUAUAGUGCAAGCCAUUCAGCGCUUUAAGUUCUAAGAGUGACCAACAUCAACUUUCUCCUAACAGUGUCCACACAUUAUCUAGAGAAAAGGUAAUGAGAAUUCUUAAAACGAUCACCAAAGAGAAAAUGCUUUAAGCUUUCAUUAAAUUCUCUAUACUAAUUUUUUAAGGAAAUGAAUGAAGAUCAGUCUGUAGAAUUUGUAUGUGGAUAUUGAUGCUUAGAGGGUAGGGGACCGGUCAUUAUUUAUCGCCUGGGGGAGUGCGGAGGAUUUGGGGUUAAACAAGAUGAAAUUUAGCCGAUCCCUCCUUUGAAUGUUACUUCACUGAAGUGAGGCCCCCUAAUAUCAUUUGUUUCGUUUCGCGUGAGAACCCACAGUUCGUAGCCCCCGUGCGCGCCAUGGGUCCAGAGCUGACCCUGUGCCGCAUUACACGAAGGGCAUCCCACGGCGCGGAGCCUCAGGCACUGACUCAGUCACCACCUAUCAAGUGAUCCCCCAAAAUCCUCCGAAACCCCCCUCCCCCCCCCUUCCGGCGAUAAGUAAUGACCGGUACCUCAGCAGUUGACAUCUGACCUGUUUCCACCGAAGCGACCGUGGUAGAGGUUAAUAAAAGGGAUGUGUCACGGUUGUCUACACAAUGGUCUAGUUCAUUUUGUUCAUAUUAGAGACCUUUACAUUCAAGGACGAGAACGACUACGAGUACGAGAUAUCACUUGGAGUUUUUUCGCGUUUUCUCAAAAUAUAGACUUCCCGGAAAGCUUCCGGCAUUUUACCAAGUUAGGACCGUUCUGGCUGUUUUCUUUACUGAAGGAGGUUACGCGCUCUCCCGAUCGCAAAUAAUAAAACUUCUAACAUUUGAUAUCUCAUUGUUUCCGCCACUUUGACAUUCUCGCUGAAACUCGUAGUAGAAUGACGACGGCUACCACGAUUUCCCGCCCAAAUGACGUUGGUUCACGUGUGAGCACUACUUAGUACUGAGAAAAUCCCGUACUCGUCGUCGUACUCGUCUUAGAAUCUAAAGGUCUCUAUUGCCACUUACAGUUCCUUAUGCGCUUAAAAGCUAAAACGGAACUCAAGCAAAGGCCUUUUUGAGCAACGCACGUCAACCGGAAGUGGGCUUUUUACGUUCUUGAGCGGUCGUUUCGCCCAAAUUUUCAGUCAAAUCGUCUCUUUAAGAGUAAAGAAACAAAGAAAUACCAAUUUAUAUCGCCAAGGCAUAUAUAGACGGAAAAAUCCUCACUUCCGGUUGACCUUCGUCGCUCAGAAACGCCUUUGCUUAACCUUCCUAUUUACUAAACUGAACUUUACAGAAGAAAUUACUUUUCAAUGGCAAAAUCACAGCUUCUCGUCCAACAAAUGUACCUCCCAGGCAUUACAUCAAACGCUACAAACAGCAAAAAUGAACUUUGAACAACUGUUAGGCUAACAAGUUUUCAAAAACACACAAUUCAGUCAGGUUCAUAUUUUGUAUUUACUCUGUUAUUUAUUCCUUCUUUUAAUAUUUUGAACAGUUAUUUUUAGGUUUGACUCAAUUUAAUUGUUAGCAGGUCAUACUGUUGAAAUUUUGAUAAAUUUUGUGACAUUGCUCCUUUAACUUACUAUUUUGCUUGUGUGCUUAGACUGUGCUCGCCUUCUACCUCGUGACGUAUCAGCCACUCAAGUAUCGAGAAUACGUUUAUCCUGCCUGGGGACAGGCGAUUGGCUGGCUGAUGACCCUGUCGUCACUCUCCUUAAUUCCAACGGUGAUGAUAUACAAACUGAUGAACACCACUGGGUCAAUUAAAGAGGUAAAUAUUAAUUGUCAGUAUCUUCAAAGAAGGUCUCAAGUAAAUUCAGAAGAUGGGAAUGUACAUCAUAUCGGCGAAAAGCUCCGUAUGAGCUUAAUUUCCCCUCUAUCAUUUUCCUUUCGAGUAUGACAGUAGUGAUUUUGUUCUACAUACAGUCUCGUUUUUGCUGAACUGAACAGGCACCUCUCUCCAAGUGGGCGUCGACCCCGAGAGAGAGAGGGGUCCACGGGGGCUCACCCUUUAAUAUACCAUUUUUUCACGAAAAAGGUACCCGUUUCGUAUACCUUCUAUUGACAGAUGGUACCCCUUUCACUUUCCUCGUUUAGAACUUUCCAUCUUUUUUAACUGCUGUAAAUGCAUUGUCAUUUAAAAAGGAAUAAUCUUAAAACUAGAACGUUUUCUCGACUUUAUAAAGCAAAAGAAUUCAUCUGUUCGGCCCUUUCACAGACCGAAAUGACAGAUUUCCCCACCCUUUCAUAUACUACAACGAGUAAAAUCCCUACCCUUUCAUAUACCUGAAGCCUGAAAAAGGUACCCCUUUCGGGCGGAGCCUCCCCGUAUAGGCCAUUAUGGGGCGUACCCCGGGACGUCGACUAUGGUGGCCGAGCAUUCUCACUAAAGAAUAUUGGAAGAUUUAUGCUGCGAUUUUGAAAAAAAAGAUACAGAAAGAAAAGAUAUGUUCUCAUAAAAAUGAUGAAUUUGAAAACGAGAAACCUGUGAGAACGAACGGCAAUUAAAAUUAGAAGAGGGAAAGACGGUUAGACUGCCUGUCGUUCUCACAGGUUUCUCGUUUUUAAAUUCAUCAUUUUUAUGAGAACGUAUCGUUUCUUUCUGUAUCUUUUUUUUUUUUUCAAAACGCAAAACACACAAAUCAAGAUCGUGGAGGUCCGAUCCGUUGAACACAGGUAUAGCAGCGACGAGAAUACCAGCUUUAUUGGGCGAGAUUAAAACAUAAUGAAAAAUACAUACAUGAAAGACAUUAAGGCCAAAAGGUUAGGUCACGAACGGGACACUUGAACCCUUACCUGCCCUAGGGGAAUAUAACAAUUUGAAAUAUAUACCAAAAAGGUCCAAACAAUGCAAAACCUUGUUGAAGUAACAGAAAAAUCUAACUGUAGAUUCAAUUCAAUUCAAUGUUAUUAUUCACACUUUAUAAAAUAUUUACAUUAUAUAUAGUAAGGUAGGAAUACACUAAUAAAGUAGAAGAACAAGAAAAUUAAUGGCUUGGGUAGAAGUGUACGGUAGUCAGAGGAGCUUAGCUUUCGAGCUAACCACCGAGAAAACUAAUAGCAUUAAAAAAGAAAAUUAAAAUAAAACAUGUACAUAUGAUCCAGUUAGUGACAUGGACCUUCUGGAGAAAGUGACCAUGAGCAGACCAUGUCCACAUCAAAGCCAUUCAUUAAUAGAGACUUACACAAAUUUUUCAAAAAUGAUUUAAAACAGCUAAGAGAGGUAAAACCACUAGGGAAGGCUUCAUUGCAUAUGUUGUUCCACAGUUUUACAAUACGGACAAAAUAUAAAGCUUGCAACGUGCGGGUCUUACAGUCCGGAACAGUAAGAUAACAACCAGCAGACUGGUCACAGCGCGUACGUGGAUGAUUGUUAAAAGUUACUUAAUUAGAAACGUCUACAUCAAUGCAGCCGAAAACAGCUUUGUAAAGGAAAACGAGAUCCUUGAUUUCUCUAUCGUAAGCAAGAGGCAGCAUAUCCAAGGCGAGCAGUCUCUUCCCAUAUGACAUCGGGCCUGGCUUCAAACUUAAGAUCCAUCUGGUGGCACGUCUCUGAACUUGCUCUACCUUAAGUUCAGUGACUUCUGAGCAGGAGACCAGACUUCAGUAGUUUAACAAUGGUGGCGCGUCACAGUCGCUUAAUACAAGGAACUCCUAACUGCCACUUUAGUUAACAAGGCACAUGAUCUCUUUAGCGGGCAGACCUAGAAGUUUGCUUGCUUUUGCUGUAGUCAGGUGUAAAUGUGAGUCCCAGGUACGUUUGUCCGAAAUAACUACACCCAGAUCCUUCUCCUCAUGUACGCGCAGUAACUUUUCCCGGAAAAAAAAAUAGUCUUGAAGUAAACUGGCUUCUUCUUGCGCGUUAUAGAUAGAAAUUUGCAUUUGUAGGCAUUAAAUCGUAUAUUAUUGUCGUGACUCCAGGAAUGGAGGUUUGUCAGAGCUUGUUGUAGUUGUGAUUUUCAGUUCGACAUGAAAAUGUUCGAAGCCUGCCGAUCAUUCGCAUAGCCCGUCAUGUAUACUGAGACUAGAUAAAAGUCUUGUAAACCACUCUAGUAGACUGUGACUGUCAUUGCCAUACUGACCACAUCAAACUUUGUUUCCUUUUUUGCAGCGUUUUCACAACUUAAUUCAACCUCAAUUGCAAGAGAGACAAGAACCAAAUGAAAAUACACCCCUCAUUGAUCAAGAAAGCAAGUAAUCGAGUGAGCGAAGCGGUAUGCACGUGUUCAGCCUGCUUACAUCUGUUGUAAUACAUGUAGUAUCUAAAAGGAAACAUUUUUCAGCUGUGUGUGGCUCUCUCUUCCGCAUAGGCUCCCGCUGAUUAUCCCAAUAAAAAUAGCAACAAUCAAAAAAUAGAAAGCGCGCGAGGGACGAUGGGAAGAGGGAAAAGGCCUGCGCGCUUUAUUUUCUUUCUCCCAGCCUCCCUGCGACACAAAGAGAAAUCUGCGGAGGAGAGAGUGGGUGUAGUAAUUUAAAGCGGAAGCAUACAGCCCCAAAGCGAAACGCU